AUGGCGUCAUCAUCAACUGGAAAUGGUUUUAGUAAAGGGUGGACUGCUCUUUGGAAGGCAAAGAUUCCAAGCAAAAUCAAAUUGUUUUGGUGGAGAGCGUGCACUGGCAUUCUCCCAACCAAGGACAACUUGUGUAAACGAAAGAUAUAUUUGGAUACAUGCUGUGACUUAUGUGGGGCUGAACUGGAGUCUACUUUGCAUGUGUUAUGGCAUUGCCUAUUUGCAAGAGGGGUCAGGGCAUGUGCUUUAAUUGGCAGCGGUAGUACCUCUCGCCAAUACCACCAUGUGCAUGAUUGGGUCUUCUCACGCAUUGACCAUUUAUCCUUUGUUGACUUGGACCUAUUUUUUGUUACUGGUUGGGCUAUCUGGGAGGCUCGAAAUGGCAAACUAUGGAACAACCAAACACCCAAACUAGAAUUCACAAGCUCUAGUGAUACUGUUCGCUUACAUGAUUUUGUUCGUGCUCACCCCCAGGGGGCUGCUCUUGGCCGGGGCUGUUCUGCGUCUCCGACUUGGACAAAACCAUGCACUGGAAGCCUAAAAAUUAAUGUGGAUGGCUCUUGGACAGUAGGUAAUACAUAUGGAGGUGUGGGAAUAGUGGUGUGCGAUUCUAAUGGCAAGUUUGUUGCAGGAAGAGCGUUGAAUAUGGACAAUGUCUUCUUAGCUUUACAAGUUGAAGCAAUGGCAGCUCGCGAAGGUGCAAUUUUGACGGUGAAAGGGGAUUUUAAUAAUAUAAUUUUUGAGAAUGAUUCUCUCCAAAUCGUGUCAGCAAUCCGAAGUUCUUCUGUUGAUCGGUCCAAUGUGGGCCCAGUUGUGGAAGACACUAAGGCACUGCUAACCUAG